UGAGCACAGUGUUUUCCCCUGCUUCUCUCCUUUUCAGACAAGCAAAAUUGUUCUGUGCUGCCGUAGAUGCGAACUCCUUGCUGCGCUGCCUCUGUCUCCUCUUUUCCAGUAACUCAAGGGCCUGAAUUACCAGCUGCAGAGAUAUAAAACCUCUUGCUGAAUCUGUGUGGACUAUGGAUGAGGAGAUGAAUAGCAGAAGGGAAGAAAGAGUGAAGUUGGUUAUUUUUCUGGCACAUGGAUGCAAUUACACUCAGUGCAUUCCAGAGGCGUUCCUUUGAAUCCUGUGCAGGUCUGCCUGCUGUUACUGGGAGAAAGGAAGAAAACGGGAGGAAAAGUCCCUCUUGCUGGAGACGGAAUGUCUGCACUUUCAAUUCUCUUUUUAGCUUCCUGUUCUGUUUGGCUGUCUGAGGCUCAGACUGAAUUUAAGAGAGUGGCUGAAGAAAACGUGACUUUGCCCUGUCACCACCGCCUGGGCCUCCUGGAGCAAGGGAGCCUGGAUAUUGAGUGGCUGCUGCACAUUUCCGAAACAGUACAAAAAGCGGUGAUCACUUACUCUGGAGGCCGUGUUUAUGAUGACCUGAAUGAGGAACAGAAGGGGCGUGUUUCUUUCACAUCCAACUUCCUUGCUGGAGAUGCAUCCUUACAGAUCAUAUCCCUGCAGUCCAGCGAUGCAGGGAAGUACAUAUGUAAGGUUAAAAACGCUGGCCAGUAUGAAUGGGCUCGCAUCACUCUGAAGGUUGUAGAAAAACCUUCCAAGCCCAAAUGCUGGCUAGAAGGAGAGCUGCUGGAGGGAAAGGAACUGUCCUUGCAGUGCCGGUCUGCCUCCGGCACUGCACCCAUCUCCUACCGAUGGCAGCGCAUAAAUGAGGAAGAUGAGAGAGCUGAACACCUCCCGCCUACAUCGAGAGUCAACAUUUCCAAUCCUGGGCAAGUCUUACUGAAGAACCUCACGCAGAUGAGCACAGGGUUGUACCAAUGCAUCGCCACCAACGAGGCUGGACAGGAAAGCUGCGUGGUUCAGGUGACAGUGCAGCAUGCACAAAAUAUUAGCAUGAUCGCUGGAGCAGUUUGUGGUGUGGUGGUGGGACUUUCCCUCUUUUUCCUGGUGGUGAGGCUGACAAUAAGGAGGAAAGAAAAAAAGAGAUACGAGGAAGAGGAGGCACCGAAUGAAAUCAGAGAAGAUGCAGAGGCACCCAAGGCCCAUCUUGUGAAGCCCAGUUCCUCUUCCUCGGGUUCCAGGAGCUCGCGCUCAGGUUCCUCCUCAACGAGGUCGACAGCCAACAGUGCCUCUCGCAGCCAACGGACUUUGUCCACGGAAGCUACUCCCCACCUAACUCCUCCCCAGUACAGCCAGAGGGAGACGGGAGGAAAAGAAAUUGAGCCAAAUAAAGUCGACUACGCUAACUUGAUGAAAAUGGGAGCAACGCUGGUCAUGGUGCCUGCCCAAAGCCGAGCGUUCCAGACAGUGUGA